AUGGUUGCUGCAGGUGUUGUGACCAGCUCAGGUGGAGAUGUAUACUGUGUUCUAUCCAACAACACCAAAGAUCGAUGGAUCAAAGACCCAGGUCUCUCCCGUCUCAACCUAGGUAUAGGACUUAUGUUCACUUCAGCAGCGGCAAAUGGGUAUGACGGAAGCCUCAUGAAUGGCCUGCAAGCUCUGCCUAUCUUCAUGCAAGAUCUUGGUGAUGUCGAUUCCAAUAUACUGGGCUUGAUCAUCGCCGGUGUCUCCCUUGGUGGAGUACCUAGUUUUAUCCCAGCAUCAUAUUUCGCAGAUCACUUUGGGCGCAAGAAGUGUGUCGCGCUCGGAUCGGCCAUCAUGGUGGGUGCAUCUGUCAUUCAAGCCGCCACACAAGGUCGAUGGGCUUUCUUCGGUACCCGCCUUAUGAUGGGUAUCGGGUUGGGAUUUUCGCAAACUGCUGCUCCUCCGUUGACUGCAGAGAUUGCUCAUCCUCGACACCGUGGCACGGUCACCGCUAUAUUCCAGUCUGUCUGGUACUUUGGAGCAAUCCUCUCUGCUGUUAUUACCCUUGCGACUCUUUACCUAUUCAAUUCUUGGUCAUGGCGGUUUCCUUGCUUGAUGCAAGCAUUCUUCCCAGCUCUGCAAUUGCUUGGGUUGUUUAUUGUUCCCGAGAGUCCACGGUGGCUGGUAUCACAGAAUCGCCGAGAAGAGGCUUUGGAUAUUCUCGCUCGUUACCAUGCCAAUGGAGAUCGCACAGAUGAAUUGGUCUUGUUUGAAUAUCGGGAAAUUUGUGAGGCCAUCGAAUUUGAGAACACAAUGGCCGAGGAUAGCGGGUGGGGGGCCUUUUUCUCUACUCGCGGUGCUAUCCAUCGUUUGAUGAUUUGUAUUCUUGUUGGGUUCAUGAUCCAGUGGGCUGGAAAUGGUAUCGUUUCAUACUACCUCGCACCGAUCCUCAAGAAUGUGGGCAUUACCAGCUCAAGCCAACAGGCAGGUAUCAACCUUACGCUGCAAAUAUGGAACGGCAUCUGCGCAGUGGGCGGUGCCCUCGCAACGGAAAGAUACGGCCGGCGACCACUAUGGAUGAUAUCGACCGCAUUAAUGCUCGUUUUCUUCUCAGCCGUAACUGCACUAUCCGCUGUCUUUGCAGAGAGACACAUCAAACCAGCUGGUAGCGCUUCUGUUGCCAUGCUGUUCCUCUUCUUCGGUUCAUAUGCCAUCGCCUAUACCCCACUGUCAAUUGCGUACCCGGUCGAAAUCCUUCCUUAUCAUCUGCGCGCGAAGGGUUUGUCGCUUUGCUUGACGGUAGUCUUUGCUGCUGGGUUCUUCAACCAAUAUGUCAACCCGAUCGCAUUUGCUGCUCUGGCCUGGAAGUUCUAUUUUGUUUAUCUUGCCUGUCUCGCCGUGUUUUUGAUUUUCAUCUACUUCUUCUUCCCCGAGACGAAAGGUCGCACCCUGGAGGAGAUUGCUGUCGUCUUCGAUGGCCCUGCUGCCCAUCCGAGCUCCCGGCUCUUUGUGAAGUCAGAAAAGCAAGAAGUUAUUGAUGCUGUAGACGUGAAAUCUACCAGCAAGACAGAGAUAGAGCAUAUUGCCUGA